CACAUAGACACAGACAACCAUUCACACCUACGGUCAAUUUAGAGUCACCAGUUAACCUCACCUGCAUGUCUUUGGACUGUGGGGGAAACCGGAGCACCCGGAGGAAACCCACGCGGACACGGGGAGAACAUGCAAACUCCGCACAGAAAGGCCCUCGCCGGCCACGGGGCUCGAACCCGGACCUUCUUGCUGUGAGGCAACAGCGCUAACCACUACACCACCCGGAAUUAACAUGGAACAUGGAAUUUAUGUUUCUCAAUAACUAGCAUUUAACUUUCCUUUUCUCAUCCAGUCCAUUAUUUUUUCCACAGCACUUUUGCAUCACCUUUAUUUAUUUUAUUAUUAUAUAGAAGUCUUAUGUACUUGCUGCUUUUUAAACUAAGAUUGUUUAAGAGGUUCUUUGCUAAUUCAAACUUGAUAUACAAUCAUCCAUAUACAAUUCAUAUUAUAUUAGUGCAUACAAUUCUCUUAAUUUCUGGCUCUAAUAAUAGCCGUGUUAUAGAAUAAUGGAGGGAAAGAGAUCAGACUCCCCAGAACCCAGCUGUGUGUCCAUGAAGAGUGACCGGUCACUGGAACCACCAACUAACUUCAAAGACAAAGACAGUUCGACUGAUCUGAGAAUGAUGGAGGGAAAGAGAUCAGACUCCCCAGAACCCAGCUGUGUGUCCAUGAAGAGUGACCGGUCACUGGAACCACCAACUAACUUCAAAGACAGAGACAGUUCGACUGAUCUGAGACCAGAAAAGCAGAAAUCGAACAGCAGAAAUCAGUUGGACUCCAUAUUCAAGGAGCUGGAACACAAAGUCAUCACUCUAAUAAAGGGUGAGCUGAAAAAGUUUAGGAAGCUCUUGAGUCCAGAUUACCCAGCAUGCACUGAGAGGGAGGUGGAGGAUGAGGAGGAUCAUCACAGUGUCAGAGAUGGAGCGUUGAAGAUCACAUUACAAGUCCUGAGGAAUAUGAACCACAAAGAUCUCGCUAACACACUGCAGAACAAACUCACCUCUACGUUUCGGCAAAAGCUGAAAUCCAAACUGAGAGGGAAGUUUAAAAGAAUUAAUGAAGGAAUCUCACAGUAUGGAAGCUCAGUACUUCUGAAUGAGAUCUUCACAGAUCUCUACAUCACAGAGGGUUGGCGUGGAGACGUCAAUAAUGAACAUGAGGUGAGACAGAUUGAGACAGCGUCCAGGAGACCAGCAACACAGGAGACACCCAUCAAGUGUAAUGACCUCUUUAAAGACAUGUCCAUCAGAAGUGUGCUGACUAAAGGAGUUGCUGGAAUUGGAAAAACAGUCUCUGUGCAGAAGUUCAUUCUAGACUGGGCUGAAGGAAAAGCAAAUCAGGACAUCAUCUUCGUGUUUCCACUUCCUUUUAGGGAGCUGAAUUUGAUGAAGCAGAAAAAUCUCAGUCUGAUGGAUCUUCUCCAUGACUUUUUCCCAGAAGUGAGAACACAAAACUUAACAGACUGUGAUUCCAACAAAGUCCUCUUUAUCUUUGAUGGUCUGGAUGAGUGUCGACUUCCUCUAAAUUUCCAGAACAAUGAGAGAUUAUGUGAUGUGACAGAGUCGGCCUCAGUGGAUGUCCUGCUGACGAACCUCAUCAAGGGGAAUCUGCUUCCCUCUGCUCUCCUUUGGAUAACCUCUCGACCAAGAGCUGCCAGUCAGAUCCCUCCUGAGUAUGUCAACCAGGUAACAGAGGUACGAGGAUUCAGUGAUCCUCAGAAAGAGGAGUACUUCAGGAAGAGAUUCAGUAAUCAGAGCCUGGCCAAUAAAAUCAUCACACACGUGAAGUCUUCAAGAAGCCUCUACAUUAUGUGCCAGAUCCCAGUCUUCUGUUGGAUUUCAGCCACUGUUCUAGAGAGAAUGUUGGAUGAAGCAGAGAGUGGAGAGCUCCCCAAGACUCUGACCCAAAUGUUCACACACUUCCUGAUCUUUCAGAUCAAACACAAGGGCCAAAAGUACCAUCAGAAAUGUGACCCUGAUCUGAAGCAGAUCAAAGAGAAUAUCCUGGCACUGGGAAAACUGGCUUUCCAACAGCUGGAGAAAGGAAACCUGAUCUUCUAUGAGGAAGACCUGAGAGAAGGUGGCAUUGAUGUCAGAGAAGCUUCAGUGUACUCAGGAGUGUGUACCGAGAUAUUCAGAGAGAAGUUUGCACUUCAACUGGGGAGGGUGUUCAGCUUUGUUCAUGCGAGUGUUCAGGAGUUUCUGGCUGCUUUAUACGCGUUUCUCUCCUUCAUCAGCAGAAAUGUCACAGAACAACAAACCACUGAUCUGUCUGAUCUUUUCACAAGUUCAAACAUGUCUGAUUUCCUGAAGAGUGCAGUGAACAAGGCCUUACAGAAUGAGAAUGGACACCUGGACCUGUUCAUUCGCUUCCUUCUGGGUCUCUCACUGGAGUCCAAUCAGACUCUCUUACAAGACUUCAUGCCCCAGACAGGAAUCAGCUCUCACAGCAAACAGGAAACAAUCGAAUACAUCAAGGAGAAGAUCAGGGAGAAUCCACCUCCAGAGAAAUCCAUCAAUCUGUUCCACUGUCUGAAUGAACUAAAUGAUCAUUCUCUCGUUCAGGAAGUACAAACUUAUCUGAAUGGUUACUAUCGUCCCUUUGGAAUCCGUCUCUCUCCUCCUCAGUGGUCAGCUCUGGUGUUUGUAUUACUGAACUCAGAACAGGAACUGGAUGAGUUUAAGUUGAGUAAAUAUUUCCUAUCACACGAAUAUCUUCUGAAGCUGCUGCCAGUGGUCAAAGCCUCCAGAAAAGCGGAUUUGUCUCAGUGUAACCUGAAAGAGGAAAGCUGUAGAGCUCUGUCUUCAGUUCUCAGCUCAAACUCCUCCAGUCUGAGAGAACUGGACCUGAGUAUCAAUGACCUGCAGGAUUCAGGAGUGAAGUUGCUCUUCGCUGAACUGGAGAAUCCACAAUGUAUACUGGAGAAACUGAGGCUGUGUUAUUGUAACCUGACAGAGGAAAGCUGUACAUUUCUGUCUUCAGUUCUCAGAUCAAACUCCUCCAGGCUGAGAGAACUGGACCUGAGUAACAAUAAACUGAAGGAUUCAGGAGUGAAAAAGCUCUCUGCUGGACUGGAGAAUCCACACUGUAUACUGGAGAUACUGAGGCUGCGACAUUGUGAGCUGACAAAGAAAAGCAGUAAGGUUCUGUCCUCAGUUCUCAGCUCAAACUCUUCCAGUUUGAGAGAACUGGAUCUGAGUUUCAAUCAGCUGCAGGAUUCAGGAGUGAAGCUGCUUUCUACUGGACUGGAGAAUCUCCACUGUACAGUGGAGAAACUGAGUCUCUGUGGGUGUGACCUGACAGAGGAAAGCUGUCGAGUUCUGUCUUUAGUUCUCAGCUCAAACUCCUCCAGUCUGAGAGAACUGGACCUGAGUUUCAAUAAGCUGGAAGAUUCAGGAGUGACGGUGCUCUCUUCUGGACUGGAGAAUCCACACUGUACACUGGAGAUACUGAGUUUGCUUCACUGCAGUAUUACAGGUGAAGGUCGUGCUGCUCUGGCAUCAGCUCUGAGGUCAAACUGCUCAUCACACCUGAGAGAACUGAAUCUGAGAAGCAAUCCAGAAGAAUCAGGAGUGAAACUGCUCUCUGAUCUAGUGGAGGAUCCACACUGUAAACUAGAGAAACUAGGGUGACGCUGAAUCCAAACAAGAAACAACAAGUGAGCUGUCCGUAAAUGAUGAACUCCCUGUGCAUCACCUGAUUAGAAGAUUGUCAUAGAGAGGGGCGGCACGGUGGUGUAGUGGUUAGCGCUGUCGCCUCACAGCAAGAAGGUCCGGGUUCGAGCCCUGUGCCUGGCGAGGGCCUUUCUGUGCGGAGUUUGCAUGUUCUCCCCGUGUCCGCGUGGGUUUCCUCCGGGUGCUCCAGUUUCCCCCACAGUCCAAAGACAUGCAGGUUAGGUUAACUGGUGACUCUAAAUUGACCGUAGGUGUGAAUGUGAGUGUGAAUGGUUGUC